GCUCCUCCGAGAGAGGUGGGGAGAGAGGGGUAGGGUAGAAUGGUGCAGACAGCGUUUUUAUGUGUACUUUCUUCAAAGUGUGUACUUUCUUCUACUUAUUAGGAAGCGCGCAGAAUGGCCUAGUCGAUUAAUUUUUUAAUCAUUGAAGUUUAUCGUCCAUUCAGCACCUUAUCCAAUUCCAGACAAAAUGUCUGACCCAUUGCAUUACGGCGACUACGGUUAUGACCCAGCCCUUGGAAUGGGAGGUCUUCAAGAUAUGAAACCUGAACCACCCAGUCCUACUGAAUCGCCAUACUACAGACGAGACAGUGUCGGAUCAGGCCUUGCUGCACCUUCUACUCACAACUCUAAUGAAAAUCUAAGUAGCAGUAGUGGCCAUGAGGAUGAUGACAGUGAUCACAAAGGCUCUGGGUCUCUGAGCUACAAAGAACGCCGCAGGGAGGCUCACACACAAGCGGAACAAAAGCGUAGAGAUGCCAUAAAGAAAGGCUAUGACUCUUUGCAACAUCUUGUCCCAACAUGCCAGCAGACAGACUCAUCUACUUCCUACAAACUGAGCAAAGCCACUGUCUUGCAAAAGUCAAUAGAUUAUAUACAGUUCCUUCUCCAACAGCGCAAAAAACAGGAAGAAGAGAGGAAUGCUCUACGCAAAGAGGUUGUAGCUUUGAGUAUAAUGCGCAUUAAUUAUGAACAAAUGGUUAAAGCGCAGCAAGCUCAGCCAGGGCAACAAGACACUAGAAUUUCUGAUGACACAAAGUUCAAAGUGUUUCAGGCUAUUAUGGAUCAACUGUUUUUGUCAUUUAGCAAUGCAUCUUUUGCCAACUUUGCUGAACUGUCUGCUUCUAUAUUUAGCUGGCUGGAGGAACAGUGCAAGCCCCAGACCCUCCAUGAUCUUGUAGCCUCAGUACUACAAAGAUUGAGUUUCCCUCUGGGACCAGGGAACAUGCGAAUGUGAUGCUGGAGAUUGGUCCUCUUAUUCCAGUUAUGAUGGUUCAGACAUUGUCUACUAUUAUUUCUUUGAUGUGAUAUUAAUGCACAGAAUUGAGAAGAAUUCUGGGAACUUUAGAACACUUUUAAAAGUUCUCUUGAUUAGUUGUAUGCAUUGGUUUCAUUGAUAGCUGUAAGCAUUCAAGGGCGAUUUUUAAUGUCUGAUAAAUAGGCAUCAACAAGGCAUGCUUCUGUUCCGGUUGAAAAUGCAGCAAUUGAUAGAUGCGGUCUGUUGCUUUAUAGUUUUGUUGUAUUUACUGCAUCUCAUGAAGAAAAAUGAUAAUGGAAUUGGGAGAAAAAAAGUGCUCUACUUUGGAGGGGAAAUGAUAUACUUACAAACUAUGUACACACACAUAUAUACAUUUAUAAAUAUUUUACCGUAUUUGUUAUAAGGCAUUAUGACCUGACAACCCAGUAUGUUGGGUUUUUAUCUUGUUUAUUUUAUUAGAGGCUGCUUUCUCAGUCAACAAUUUUUUUUUCUAGCAAGAUGUUUUUUGUUUAUAUUUGAACAGAGUCUACACAAAAUACAUAGUGAGAAUUAUGUCCUUAAAUGAUUUAUGAUUGUGAUAAAACAUGCCAACUGGUUGGUUUACUCAUUUUGAUUGGUGGGCCAAUACACAUUUUGGACUAUAAAAUAAAUACUUAGUUUUGUUACAA